AUGGCCAGUCCGGAGGGUCGAUCUGGCUCGUCAAGAGAUCAAUACAUUCCUCCGGAAGAUGACGAUCCAGGUCUAUUCAAUGGCGUCAACACCCGCCAAAUCGAAACUUUCGGUCGCAAAGUUACUGCGACUGCAGGACAUCUGAUGGGCGGUCCCGAAGGAAGCUUCCAUAAUACCCUGACCGACGUCCAUCGUGAGCUUCGCCGGCCUCUGAUACAACGCUCUGUCUUCUCUUUCGCUCAGACUACUCCUCGUGACCUGGCUCGAUCGAAGUUCAUCCCAUCGGAGAUACAACAACGAGCUAUAUCGUCUCUACCUGAUGCUCUUCUCUCCAACAUCCCCCAAGACCACAACGCAUACUCUCUCUUCCAAGGCUUCCAAGCGACACUGCCAGAAGAUCCGGAAUCGCCAAAAGUUCGGCAUGGAAGACAUAACUCUCGCGGGCGGAAACUUCUUGAAGGCUCGAGGGAGCAGCUGGACGAUGGCCAGCCCAUUUCACGACUGCGUAAUGAGAAGACCAGUUUGAGCCAUCGCCUCGAAAUGCUGGAGGUUCGGAAAAGCAUGUGCGCCACCGAGAUCAGAGAAAUCGACAACAAGAUUUCAAAUCUCAACACGAUGCGGAAAAUCGUUCUAGAUCGACUCGCAGGAUUGGAGCAAGAUGAGAUAGAGCUAGAGCAUGACCUGAACGACGUGGAUAAUCGUAUCGAGGACAUGCAAGAGGAGAUGGAUGACGCCGCUGCUUUGGCUCAGAAGUCACCAGGUUCCAGUGCUGGGGGUGAUAUGCCCACAACAUCGGGGGAAUUCAUGUCACAGUCUAUCUACCAGAAACUACCAGAAACGACUCCGAAACCCAAGAAAAAACGACAUGUACCGCGGCGAGUAUCGACAAUGAUACUACAUGAACACCUUGAGUCCGGAUCAAAGAUCAAGGAUAUGCAAGCGCAUAAUGAUCUGAUUACAGCCCUGGAUUUUGACGCCCCGUUCGGCACCAUGGUCACAGCUUCAAUGGACGACACCGUCAGAGUGUGGGACCUAAAUGCGGGACGGUGCAUGGGCAUGCUGGAAGGUCAUCUCUCGUCGGUCAGGUGUCUACAAGUAGAGGAGAACAUUGUCGCAACUGGAUCGAUGGAUGCCUCUAUACGAUUGUGGGAUCUCAGCCGAGCAGACUAUGCACCGAUGGAAUCAGGAACGAGUAAAGAUGGCAAUCAAGAUGAGGAUGAUGGACUAGUAUUCGAGAAUCCAGAAGAUGAACCGCCCCCGCCUCCCCCGACGAGUAUGCAAGACUGUCCGCUCUUCUCGCUAGAAGGACAUGUGGCUGAAGUCACAGCUUUGUACCUGAGGGGCGACAUGUUGGUCUCUGGAUCAUCAGACAAGACCUUGCGACAGUGGGAUUUAGUGAAAGGCAGAUGCGUUCAGACACUCGAUGUGCUAUGGGCGGCGGCGCAGGCUGCGACGACGAUGGGUUCAAGUGAAGGCCAGUGGCGGCCAACGGGAAGGCAGUCUGAUUCGUCAGCUGACUUCGUUGGUGCUUUGCAGUGCUUUGAUGCCGCACUGGCGUGUGGAACAGCGGAUGGCAUCGUCAGACUUUGGGACCUGCGCAGUGGGCAGGUACAUCGAAGCCUUGUUGGACACACUGGCCCUAUCACUGCUCUGCAAUUUGAUGACGUUCAUAUGGUGACUGGCAGCAAUGAUCGAAGUAUCAGAAUAUGGGACCUCCGAACUGGAUCGAUAUUCGAUGCGUAUGCAUACGACAAUCCUAUCACCGGCAUGGCGUUCGACGCGAAACAGAUCGUUUCUGCAGCAGGUGAAGAUGUGGUCAAGGUUUACGACAAGACCGACAGCCGGCAGUGGAACUGUGGCCCUGGUGUCUCCGAAACUGACGUUGCCGGACACCUUGCUGUCAUCGAGCAGGUCCGCAUCAAGGAAGGGUACAUGGUUGAGGGUCGCAGAGACGGCAUGGUCGGUGUUUGGUCGUGUUGA